AUGGGAGGACAAUGCUGCCGUGCGCCGAAGAGUGGUGAAAGGAAAGAGGUUGAUGCUUUCGACUACGCCUGGGAUUCCACAAGUGCUGGGCAAUGUCAAGAUCCUCGUGCGGCUGAGCUGGUCCGCAUGUACGAUUUGGCCCUGGCUAACUUCGUUCGUGCUGGCGGCAACAAGGCAAGCCUUGUGCGACCAGAUUCGAGCGAUGACCUCAAUGACCCCUACAUGCAAGAUCAGGAGGACAGCGAUGGAGCUGCCACAGCCCCUGCUGCCACUGCUUCUGCUGCUUCGGAGCCUUCCGGUUCGGACAGGGAUUUGGCAGCCCCAGAGGUUCACGAGCAUUAUUCGGUGGAUGAUAUUGGGCCUCGCUCGCUGCUUGAGCUGCUGGAAGAAUUGUCUGUAAAGGAUGAUGAGCUGCCAGCAUUGACACCCUAUGUGGAUGGUGACGAUUUGGGUGAGACGACAGUGGCCUCCUCUUCAGGGGACGUGGGUGAGACAACAGUGGCCUCCUCUUCAGGGGACUUGGGUGAGACGACAGUGGCCUCUACCACAGGGGACUCGGGUGAGACGACAGUGACGACAGUGGCCUCCACAGAGGACUCGGGUGAGACGACAGUGGCCUCCACCAAAGGGGACUCGUGUGAGACGACAGUGGCCUCCAACUCAAGGGACUCGGGUGAGACGACGACAGUGGCCUCCAGCUCAAGGGACUCGGGUGAGACGACAGUGGCCCCACUAAGGUCAGCAGACGCCGGGGGUGACACGGAGGCGGCCAGAGCAAAAGCAAGGCAGCUGCAAUUGAAGGCUUUGUUGGCUGCGAGUGCUAGGAAGUUGUCUGAGUUGAAGAGGGCAAAUGCUAUGAAAGGCGGAAGCGCCGACAGUUCUGGCAAGCUUGUCAUGGACAACAAGGUCCCCAGUGGUUCCAUGGAUGCAGUGGAGACACAGCCGUGGGAUGGACUUCCGAGUUCGCCCUUGCCCUUGGCCCGAGCCUCCACUGUGAUAGACCUGGAUACCCCCGAGAAAUCUCUUGUGAAAGAAGAAGGUUUGGAUGAGUUGCCCCCCGCAGCAGCCUCGGCAGUUGAGCCCGUGGAGCCUUUGACAUCACCGGAGCCCACCCCGAAGCCGAAGCAGUUUGACUUGGUGUACAAGAACGAUUUGACCCCGGAGAAGCAGGUUCUGACACGAGAUGCUCAGCUUCGCAUCAAGGCCGCUUCCGAGGAUGCCGCUGAUGGAAAGCCUGGUCGAGGCCGUGGACGUGGCCGUGGCCGGGGUUCCAAGGCCACAAAGAAGGACACGAAGCAGUCAAAGAAGACUGCUCCGAAGGCCCCGGCUGCUGAUCCCGAUUCGGCUGAGUGGGAGGCCGAAGCUGAAUGGGACGAUGAGGAGUGGGCUCAGUGGGAGGCCGAAGCUGAGUGGAACGAUGAGGAGUGGGCUCAGUGGGAGAAGGGGACCUGGAAGCCCAAGGGCAAACGCAGUCGUGAUGUCACCAAGGUUGCAAAGGCUCCGGAGCCAGCCUCCAGAUCCAAGCCUGUGGGCAGGGCCCGUCCUGGCGAUCAUGCUUCCAUUCAUGCUGUGGAUGAGACCGACACCUUCAGCUAUCCGCACACCUUUGCCCGUCGUUCCAGGCCCCCCAUCAAGGGAAGCGAUUCCGAGAAGGUGUGGAUGGGCAUUGCAAAGACUUUUAUUCAGGAGAUUUCGUUCAGCCUGGAGAACCGCACCCGCACCGAAGCCGAGGCGAUCUACUGGAAGUAUGCCAGACUUCGCUGGGUUGACAGCGGAAUUGCCCCUACCGAUCCCGGCUUCCCCGAGUUCAUGGAGAUGAUAGCCCAGGAGUUUGUGGUGCUUCGCCCUACUGCUGCCGAUCUGGAGUGA